CGUAAGCUCAAAGUAUAGAGAAACAAUCACGUGGUUUGGAAUUUUGCUAUUGGCGGUGGGCAGCCUCGAUCCAACUCCAAAUGCAGACCCACCAAUGAAGAUCGCAAAAAUACGAAUUAUCUGCGCCACAACGUCAACGGCUUCGAAUGGUCAUCCUGCUCCAUGGCGCAGUUCAAGCACUUCCUCUCCCGUCCACAGGCCGCCUGUUUCUUUGAUGCACCCAUGCCAGGACUGCGGUUGGGCAGCUCGCUCCCGGGGAAAAUAAUCCCGCUGGACUGGCAGUGCCAACUGGAUCGCGGCACCACGGCCUGUUUUAAAGAUUCCCGGGUUUGCACUCAGCUAUACUGUCACGACAAGGACACCGGUUACUGCAUCGCCUUCCGUCCGGCCGCGGAAGGCUCGCCAUGUGGAACCGGAAAGAAUUGUCGUGAUGGCGUGUGCGUCACCGAUGACUCUGCGGAAGCAGGCAGCGCCGGUUCCGAUUUCAACGGACUAGGUGCCUCUGGUCCACCCUUCCCCGGAGCCCCGCCCCCACCCACCAGUGACACGCCACCAGGCCCGGCGUUGAACAGCCAAAGUAUGGAGCGCGAAGAGGUGUGCGAAGGCGACGUACCCGGAGUGCGGGUCAGCGGAAUGCCGUGUAAGGAGUUCCUGCGCGUCACCGGCACGACGUACUGUGAUCACCGGGAUAUUCUGCGCUACUGCUGCAACGCGCGCCGCAUCUUCUGCCCGCGAUUGCGCGACACACUCUAACUGGAAGGAACGGACGCGGUGAUCCAGUUCUGAACAGCGAACUGGUGUCUGGUGUGGAAUCUCAGCCGAGCGACGCGUGCGCAACGGCGAUAGUUCUUUUUGUUAAGCCUGUGAUAAUGAGUAGUACUUAACCGGCAUUUUGUCUGGGGUAGAUCGAUGACGGCGUAUACUAGCAUGGGUUUUACGAUGUUUAUUACUCUGCGCUCAUGAUAUUUUAUAAACCGUUUUGGGGUACGAUUUGUCACG